CCAGAAGGUGGCGCUGCAGGAACUAGCAGUAACACAAAUUCUUCUUCCUUUACCUUUGUGUUCGUCGACGUUUACUCCGGUUCAGCUCGAAUGAUUCAAACGCGUUUCUGUGAAGAUGAGUGACGACCUGCGCUUAGAGCUGCAGAACUUUCUGGACUCUCUGCACGUCCGGACCACGUGCGUGGACCACCCGCCGGUGUUCACCGUGGAGGAAAUGAUGCCUCACCUGCAGGAAGUGAACGGAGCCGUCACUAAGAACCUGUUUUUGAAGGACAAGAAGAAGAAAGGCCUGUGGUUGGUGUCAACUCGCCACGACCGCCAGGUGAAUCUUAAUGACCUUGCCAAGAAGCUGGGCGUUGGCAGCGGCAACCUGCGCUUUGCAGACGAGGAGGCCAUGUUGGAAAAACUCAAGGUGGGGCAGGGCUGUGCUACGGCUCUCGCUCUGCUCUUUGAUACGGAUCAUAGUGUGAAGUUCGUCCUGGACCGGGACCUGGUGGAGGGAGGCUAUGAGAUGCUCUUCUUCCACCCCAUGACUAAUGCUGCCUCUAUGGGGCUGCCACCUGAUGACCUGCUGCUCUUCCUCAAGGAGACGGGACACAAACCUGUACUGGAGAGCUUCGAGUAGGAGGCGAGUGCCUGCAGGAACCCUGUGAUCUUCACUGUCAGCGUUUCCUGUUCCACAGCUUUUAACACAUUUGUAAAAGUUCAAACCGCUCACACCGUCUACGGUUCAGUCUUUAUGGUAAAAAAAGAGUUUUCAGUUGGUUCAUGUCAUGGCUCACGCAACAGAUGUUCAUUCUGAGUUCUGAGAUCAUUCAUAUCACGUCAAAUAUUUGACUUGAACCUUCAGACAUGAGGCGUUCAGUGGUUCAAACACUCGUCAGACGUCCCGGAGGAACCUGCUGCUCAACAGCAGCAUGACGUCAUGUCCUCCAGACGAGCUGUGGAACCACAGGAACCGCAGCAAGGACUGAGGCAGAACCGUGCAAAUAGGCAGCGACGUGUGGACCCUGUGACACCUCUCUGGCUCCUUUUUCUGCUUUGCUCAUGAACUAGCUGUAAAAUCUGUCUGUAAGUCAAACAUUGUGAACCAUUUAUACAUUUGUUGCUUUUGGUAAACAAAUUACUCUGGAUGUGUGUAACUCACUCUACACACGCGUGUGUUUUUAAUAUGAUCUUCACACUUAGUUUAAUUUCUUUUCACUGCACGUGUGAUCUGCUCACACACACAAAAACAUGUUCUCCUUUUCUUGUACAGGGAUGUGUUUUUGGGAAAACAUCUAACACAUUUGAAUGAAACAAUGUUUUUUAUUUGUGGUGGAAGAAACACUUUGUACCAGCGUCUGUAAGUAACGCUGAUGCUGGGGGACAUGAUCACGUCGUGCUUGUUUACCUCCAACAUCAAAUUAACAAAAAAACUAUUGUUGCUCUCAGCAUUUGCAUAUUUCACUAAUUGCUGGGUUCCACCCAUGUGGAGUUGACAUGUCUAACUCAUGAUGCUCCUGGAGCCCAACAAAAAAAACUAACAACGUUCAUGAAAUCAGGCUGUGCUGACAUUUUUUAGCUUUCUGGAUGGGUUUCUAAUUAUUUUCUCUUGAGCUUUUCUUUAAGUAGUGUUUUUACCCUCAGAACAGUUUUCUUCUUAAUGUGUUGUGAUAUUUCUUCAGGUGUGGAGAACUUUAAGUUCUGCUGUAAUUAGUUUUAAUAUGAAUGAACACAUGUACAGUAGAUAACAAAACUAAAGCACAGUUCAAUCAA